GAGACAAACCCGGAUCACCCCCAAAUCUUUCUCGCAAUUUACAAAAUUAGUAAAAAGAAAAAAAGAGAGAAUCGUUUUCCAUUUCGAUCCGCUUCGCACCUUCACUUGCUCUUCGAAUGAAAAGAAUUAGCAGAAAGUAGACAUGAGCACUGCACAAAUUCUUACCAUUGAACCAUUAGAACUCAGAUUCCCAUUCGAACUGAAGAAGCAGAUCUCUUGUUCGCUUCAGCUAUCCAAUAGGAGUGACAAUCAUGUCGCCUUCAAGGUUAAGACAACGAAUCCGAAAAAGUAUUGCGUUCGUCCCAAUAUCGGGAUUGUUUUGCCUCGGUCCACUUGUGAUGUUAUAGUGACUAUGCAAGCGCAAAAGGAGAUGCCUCCAAACCUGCAAUGCAAGGAUAAGUUUUUAGUUCAGAGUGUAGUUGCAACUCCUGGUGCAACUCCGAAAGAUAUUACUGGAGAAAUGUUUAAUAAGGAGGCUGGAAGCGGAGUUGAAGAAUGCAAGUUAAAAGUUACUUAUGUUCCCCCACCCCAACCACCAUCUCCGGUUGCUGAGGAAUCAGAAGCAGAUUUGUUAACAGAGAAUUGCAAUACGAAUGGUUCCGAGGUUACAAGAUCAUUUAAUGAUACUCAUGACAGUUCUUCAGAGGCAAGACCGCUCACUUCAAAUCUGACUGAAGAAAAGGCUCCAGCAGUGCAACAAAGUGACGCACCUCGUCAACAACUGGAACUCACGAAGCAUGAUGCCAACAAACGUGGUUUUGGUAGCGCUUCCAUCAUGUUUAUCAUCGGUGUUGCCUUGCUAAGUGUAGUUGUGGGUUACUUCCUCAAAAGCUCAUAAGCGCACAGAAGUUCAGCUGUGUCUACUUCCUCCACCACAGUACUGACAAUUACUUCAUGCAUGUUCUUCAUGGAUGACAAGAAGAGGAUAAGAAAGAUACCUUAAAGCUUUGCUGACAUUGUCCAAGUUAGCCGAGCUCUGCAGUGUAGGAACUUGUUUACCAAUGGUGAUAGUUCAUGUUAGGACAUUUUGUUGUGAGAUUCUUAAUUCUUUUAGCAUGUAUUCUUUUUAUUUUGUAUAAUUCAUUUAUAUUUCAUCAUUCUAUAUAUAUGUUUUAUGGCUCAAAAUGGGGCAGUGACAAUAAGAAAUUUAGAAAUCUGCGCAA